UGAACACAUUCUUAAAAUUCAGCCCUAUGUUCAAACAAGACAUCAAUUUUACAGGCAAUGAGAUUCAAGCCUCUCGCUUUUUCAUCCAGACACUCAAGAAUAUAGACGAGGGGGAUAUGUUGAUUGGACUCAGGAAAACCGCAGAGGACUGUCCAAUAAAGCUCCUGGUGUACCACCCUUCCUUCAUCUACUUUGACCAGUACACUGUUAUUGCAGACAACACUAUUCAAACCAUGCUGGUGGCUGUGGCUGUGAUGCUAGUCAUCUCGCUCCUCUUGAUACCCCAUCCUCUUUGUUCCAUAUGGGUGUGUUUUGCAAUUGCCUCAGUCAUUGUUGGUGUGACAGGGUUCAUGGUGCUGUGGGGUGUAAACUUGGACUCCAUUUCCAUGAUCAACCUGGUCAUGUGCAUUGGUUUUUCUGUAGAUUUCUCUGCACAUAUUUCUUACGCUUUUGUCUCCAGCCAAAAGAGUGAUGUAAAUGAGAAAGCUAUAGAUGCUUUGGCCAAUUUAGGCUACCCAGUUGUGCAAGGAGCAUUGUCCACUAUUUUAGGAGUGGUGGUGCUGUCCAUGUCUGGGAGUUACAUCUUUAGAACAUUUUUCAAGAUUGUGUUUCUUGUGAUUACAUUUGGGCUGCUCCAUGGCUUAAUGUUUAUUCCAGUGUUUCUGACACUGUUUGGGAUCUGUGGAAAGUGGUGUUAA